CACACAUACACACACACAUACACACACACCAUGGAUGUAAGAUUUUAUCCGACUGCCGGUGGAAAUUCUAUUCCAGGGGAUCCACCAAACCUGGAUUUUGCCCACUGUUUGGGCUACUACAACUUCAACAAGUUCCAGAACAACAACAACUACAUGAACAUGGCGGAGGCCAAUGGUGCCCUGCUUGCUGCUGGUGAUACAUUUCAUACGCCCAGUUUGGGAGAUGAGGAAUUUGAGAUUCCUCCCAUCACACCUCCACCUGAGACGGAAUCUGGCCUGGGCCUAUCGGAAGUGGAUUCCCCUUACCUACCAAUGCCAGAGCCUCAAGCCCAGCACAGGGGUCACUUAAUCCCUCAGUUCCCCCCGCAGAGCCUGGAUCUGCCAUCUAUUACCAUCUCACGCAACAUGAUGGACCAGGAAGGGAUGUCUGUCAACAAUAGCCAACCUGUGAAUGUUGGACCGGGCCAUCUUCGCCAGUACCCACCCAACCCAGCCAUGGUGAUGAAGUCCAUCAUCAGCAUGAACAGCCCCAAUGGGAUGCUAUCACGGAAUCAGUUGACCACCAUCAACCAAUCCCAACUCAAUGCACAGUUGAGCCUGAAUAUGGCAGGACCCAACAUCACCCACACUUCCCCAUCACCACCUGCUAGCAAGUCAGCCACUCCGUCUCCCUCCAGCUCCAUCAAUGAAGACGACCAGGAUGAUGGCAACAGGGUCAUUGGAGAGAAGCGACCAGCCCCCAUCGAUGCCACAAAGAAGCCCAAGACUCCUAAAAAGAAGAAGAAGAAGGAUCCCAAUGAGCCUCAGAAGCCGGUAUCGGCUUAUGCGCUAUUCUUCAGAGACACACAGGCUGCUAUCAAGGGUCAGAACCCCAACGCUACCUUUGGAGAAGUCUCCAAGAUUGUGGCAUCCAUGUGGGACGGUCUGGGAGAGGAGCAAAAGCAGGUUUACAAAAGCAAAACAGAAGCUGCAAAGAAAGAAUAUUUAAAGGCCCUUGCUGCAUACCGUGCUAGCCUGGUUUCCAAGGCUGCAGCAGAAUCAGCUGAGGCCCAGACUAUCCGCUCAGUACAGCAGACCCUGGCCUCCACCAGCCUGUCCCCAGGCCUGGUUCUGCCUUCACCCCUCAACCAACACCCUUCCAUGCCAUCAGCUGCCCAGGCUCUUCAACAAGCCAUACCACGGGCCAUUGCCCCAAAACCCCUGCAGAUGAGACUAGGAGGCAGUCAGAUUGUGACCUCGGUCACAGUUUCUCACCCAAACAUGUCCUCCGGGAUGCCUCCGCAGCUGCUUGGCCAGAUGGGUGCUGGAGGGGCCAUGGUCGCAGGUGCCCAGUCCACAGCUGUGUCUCAGAUGAGCCCACCCAUGCAGCCAGUGCAGCAGCAUGCGAUGCAGCACCUCCAGCAGCAGCAGCAACAGCAGCAACAAAUGCAACAGCACCUCCAGCACCAUCAGAUGCAGCAGCAGCAGAUGCAUCACCAGCAGAUCCAGCAGCAGAUGCAGCAUCAGCAUUUCCAACACCAUCUCCAGCAACAGCUGCAGCAGCACCACAUGCAGCAGCAGCAGCAACAGCAGCAGCAGCAGCAGCAGCAUCAGCAACAACAGCAGCAGCAGCAGAUGCAGAUGCAGCAUAUGCAGUUGCAGCAUCAGCUGCAUCAGCAGCAAAUCCAACAUCUCCAGCAGCAACAGCAACAGCAGCAGCAGCAGCACCAAUCCCAGUGUUCCCCACCCCAGCAUUCUCCUGGUACACCCCAUUCAGUGGGAGGCUCUGCAUCGCUCGGCAGCCCCCAACCGGCUCCACAGCAGCAACCACACCCCUCCCAAAUCCAGGCCCAUGCCCAGGUCCUGUCCCAGGUCAGCAUUUACUGA